ACCUUCGAGACGGAAAACUCGAACUCCAUUCCACGGUAGCCCGACAUUGCUACAGUACUCUUCCACCUUCGAGGCCUAGCCAUGAAGAUCGCAUCCUCUAUCCAGUGGCUUCUUUGCCUCGGGGUCACCAACAUGAACCUCGCCAUCGCAGCACCCAUCCAUACAGACGACAUGGACACUUCACCAAACCCGGCCCAUCAUCAGCCCGAGAAACGUCAGGGAUUUUAUGCCCUUGAUUGUGAGACGCGUCGGGCUUUCGAGUUAUGCAAUUCAACCACGACUUGCCCGGGGGGAUACUAUCCGACCAACCGCCAGAUUCCCACAUGCGAAAUACUCUGUUCGUGCCAUUGGAUUUAUCAGUGUGGUAAUUUUGGGUGCAAGACUGCUACCGAGGAUAAAACUGAUGGAACUGAGACGGAGGCUUCCGAGCCAACAGAGGCUCUCUCCAAGUAGCAUUCCUUCUGUACUCAGGCUGCGACCGAUAGGAUUCAUCAGAUGCGUUAUUGAGAGAGAUUCUCGUCGUACUGAGAACUUCCCCAAUGGAUAGCUCGAUGCGGUUUAGACGCUGGUUCAACCAGAAUGGAGAGAAGAUAAGUUCACCAUGGAAACGUCUGAGUCCGUCCUGAAGUUCCCUCCCUCCAAAUGAUUCAACAGCACAC